GACUCCCCGACCCCAUCCGCGGCGGCGGCCGCCGCCGCAAUCCGAAUCCCGCAGGGCGAGGAAAUGCAGCGCGUCGUCGUCAUGCGCCACGGCGAUCGCCUCGACCAGGCCGAGCCCAUCUGGCCCGCCAACAAGCCCCGCCCCUGGGACCCGCCGCUCACCGACGCCGGCCUCCUCCGCGCCUGGACCGUCGGCAAGCGCAUCAGGGCCGCGGCCGCCGCCGACGGGUGGGCCGUCCACCGGGUCCUCGUCUCCCCGUUCCUGCGAUGCCGGCAGACCGCCGCGCGGGCAGUCGCCGCGCUAUGCGCCGUCCCCAACGACGCCGCGCUGCUCGCCAUCGAGGACGCGGCCAAUGUGCCCCUCGACACCUCACGCCUCAAGGUGUCUAUUGAGUAUGGAUUGUCUGAGAUGAUGAACACUCAAGCAAUGGGCGGUAUUGUUGGCAAGGUGGCUCCCGGCGUCCGUAAGUGGUUUCCCGACGUGCCAGAGCUUGAGGCCAUCUUUCCGGCCGGAACAAUUGACCAUUCUGCAGAGUCAAUCUACCCGGGGGUACCAAAAUGGGAGGAGUCCAUCUUGGAGGCAAGAAGCAGAUAUGCAAGUGUCAUCAAGGCUCUUGCUGACAAGUAUCCUCAUGAAAACCUACUCUUAGUGACACACGGUGAGGGUGUCGGGGCAUCUGUGUCCUACUUUGAGAUGGGGUUGGAGAUCUACGAUGUGGAGUACUGUGCGUACUCUAUCCUGGAGAGGCAGGUGUCUACGAAGCCUGGUGAUGAGCAAGGGGGCUUCACCGCGGACAGCUUCAGGGUCCUGACCAAGAGUGGCACCACAGGCAUACAGUAUGCCCCGGUGUCAGAGAGCUGGUUUGUUGGUUGAGCAGGAUUGGAGCUGACAUUCCGUUCCGGCUUUGUAUGCGGAUCGAUAAUCCCUGGUGUUUCUACAUCUUCAUGCCUGUUGAUUCUGGCCUAGGCUUGUUUGUUCUUGUUCCGUCCAGCAGCAAUUCAGGGAAUAAUACACAAACUGGUAGGUUUUUGUUAAGUAAUAAGUGGAGUGCAUUCAACUGUGGAUACAUAUACCAUUGCCUAUGUAUGGCGAUGACGGCUGGGAGGGCAUAAAGGAAAAAGGAGACCAGAAUGAAUGAUCCAUGGCGUGGUGUGGAAUCUAUGGUAGUUCAAAGUGUCCCCCUCCUCUCUUCUAGAUGGAGAGGGAGAGGGAGAGGGAAAGGGCUAGUGGUGCCAUAUCCGAUUGCCCAUGCAUGGCAACCGCUUUUCUUCUUCAUCUUUAGUUUUUUGUGAUGUGAUUGCUCCCUCUAUGGCACCCAAGAAAACGAAAUCCUCUGAAUAUUUACUGGAAAA